UAAAAAAAUAAAGAAUUCGUGAUAUCCUUUUGUAUGGCGUUCGUUGUGGACGUCUAGUUUAGUGAAUUAAUUACGUUAAAAAGUAUUUAAAAUGUCGUUAGCCGCCGCGCGGCCUUUGAUAUCCGUUUAUGGCGAAAAAGGAGAGCAUGUGAAGGGAGUUACGGUGUCGUUGCCUGCCGUCUUCAAGGCACCCAUCAGACCUGAUGUGGUUAACUUCGUUCAUCAGCAAAUGGCUUUUAAUAGCCGACAACCGUAUGCCGUUAGCGACAAAGCAGGUCAUCAAACAUCUGCCGAGUCUUGGGGUACUGGUCGUGCAGUGGCUCGUAUUCCACGUGUACGUGGUGGCGGUACUCACCGUUCUGGUCAAGGUGCUUUUGGUAACAUGUGUCGUGGUGGACGCAUGUUCGCACCGACCAAAGUUUGGCGGCGUUGGCACAGACGCAUCAAUAUUAAUCAACGUCGUUACGCCCUUUCAUCAGCUGUUGCAGCGAGUGGAGUUCCUGCUUUGGUAAUGAGCAAAGGACACGUUGUUGAGAAGGUACCAGAGUUACCUUUAGUCAUAUCUGACAAAAUUGAAGAAUUCACAAAGACAAAACAAGCCGUUCUAUUUCUUAAACGGCUUAAAGCAUGGGAUGAAAUUCAAAAGGUGUACAAGUCACAACGUAUGCGUGCCGGUAAAGGUAAAAUGCGUAACCGUAGAAGAAUCCAACGUAAAGGACCAUUGAUUGUGUACAACAAAGAUCAAGGUUUACGUCGUGCUUUCCGCAAUAUUCCAGGGGUUGAUAUGAUAUGCAUUAAGAAGUUAAAUCUCUUAAAGUUGGCACCUGGUGGCCAUGUAGGACGUUUUAUUAUUUGGACUCAGUCUGCUUUUGAACAACUUGACAAACUGUUCGGUACCUGGUCAUCGUCAUCCGAAGUUAAAAAAGAUUACAAUUUACCUCAACCGAAAAUGGCCAACACUGAUUUGACUCGCCUGUUGAAAUCUGAAGAAAUCCUUAAGGCACUUCGUAAACCACAAGGCAAAGUUGUUAAAAGCGUGCGUCGUCGCAAUCCUCUUACUAACAUCAGAACCAUGCUUCGUCUCAAUCCUUACGCCGCCGUACUAAAACGUCACGCCAUCCUCACUGCACAAAAACGCAGAAAUGCCAGAGAUUUGGCCCUCGCCAAGAAACGUGGUGUUACACUUCCGAAGAAUCAUCCGGCGGUCGUAGCAGAGCGUACUAAAGAAAGAAGGUUGACUGCAAUCAAGAAACAUCUGGCAAAGAAGCAUCCGGAGAAAGUAAAGAAGGCGGAAGAAGCCGCGAAAGCUAGAGCUGAGAAGAAAGUGAAGAAGGCGGUUCCGAAAAAGGGGGAAGCUAAGAAGAAGGCUGCACCCAAACAAAAGAAAUAAACGUUAAUUAUUUUAAUGUCUACAUUUUCAUUAAAAUGGUUUAAAGAAUUUUAAUAAAUUUUUUUUAAUGUU